AUUUAAUACAACAUUAAGUCCACGUACAUCUACUCAAUUCAGCAUGAUAGGUCGGUCAACAUGAGAUAAAUUGUUAACUUAAAGAAAGCUGCACAACGGAUCUUAUAAUUCAAAUCCCAUUCAUUUACUUAACGUAUAAUUAAUUAUAUAUAGACAUAGGGUCUUAAUAAAAAAAGUCCUCCAACAUCAUUAAAAUAGUCGAAAAUGGGUUCAACUUCGAUUCUAACUAUGUUUAUGUUUAUAUUGUUGGGAGGUCUUGCCUGCCAAGGCCGCAAGGUUCCCUCAAAUCUAGCAUUUGUGGGAAGCAAUUUGGUAGUCCAAGGAUCGCCGUUUCUCUUCAACGGCUUCAAUGCGUAUUGGAUGAUGCACGUGGCGGCCGAUCCCGACGAUCGCCACAAGGUCUCCGACGUCUUCCGCCAAGCCUCCGCCGCCGGCCUCACUGUGUGCCGGACGUGGGCUUUUGCAGACGGAGGCGACGCCGCCCUUCAAAUCUCGCCGGGAACAUACGACGAACGUGUCUUUCAGGGAUUGGAUUUUGUGAUUUCUGAAGCCACGAAGUAUGGAAUUCGUCUCAUUCUUAGCUUCGUCAAUAAUUUCGAUGAAUUUGGAGGGAAAGCGCAGUAUGCUGAAUGGGCAAGAAAUGCAGGAGCACAAGUUGAUGGCGAUGAUGAUUUCUACACAAAUCCACUCAUCAAAGAUUACUACAAGAACCAUAUUAGGAGAGUGGUGACAAGAUUGAACAGCAUUACAGGAGUUCGUUACCGAGAUGAGCCCACAAUCAUGGCGUGGGAACUCAUAAACGAGCCACGUUGCCAAACCGACCUCUCAGGAGCAACAAUCACCGGAUGGGUUGAAGAAAUGGCACGUUUCGUGAAAUCAAUUGACAACAAACACUUGGUUGAGAUAGGAAUGGAAGGUUUCUAUGGCGACACCAUGCCCCAAAGAAAACAAGUGAUCAAUCCUGGCUACCAAAUUGGGACUGAUUUCAUCAGUAGCAAUCUCGUUCAAGAGAUCGACUUCGCCACCAUCCACGCGUAUCCCGAUGCUUGGUUCGUUCAUCAUCAAAUAUAUAUGCUUUCACAAAUUAAAUUAUUAUUAAUUAAUUGUUGUAUUGUAUGCAGGCUACCUGGGAAAAGCGAGGAUGAGCAAAUGGAUUUCAUGGAGAGAUGGAUGUGGAGUCACUGGGAAGAUGCAAGGAACAUAUUGAAGAAGCCAUUGGUGAUUGCCGAAUUCGGAAAGUCGAGCAAAUAUGGUUUGCAUGAGAGGGACUUGUACAUGCGGGAUGUAUACAGAGAUAUAUACAGAUAUGCAACAAGUGGAGGUACAAUGAGUGGAAGCUUGGUUUGGCAGGUGAUGGCAGAAGGGAUGGAUCAAUAUUAUGAUGGCUAUCAGAUCGUCUUAUCGCAGAACCCAUCAACGGCUCGGAUCAUCUCCAGGCAAUCUCGGGCAAUGAACGGAUUAAUGUCUCGUUUAUUCACUAAUUACAACCAUCGACUCGUCAUGCCCCAUCACCAUGCAACCAUCAUCACUUCAUAACUCAUAUUAAUAUCUACGGAAUAUCUCAUUCUUUUGUAUUCAUUUCUAAAUUUUUGUUCAUAUUAAAAUCAUUUUUAUAUGUAUAAUAGUUUUCUUAGUUAAAUGAUGAGAUCACCAAUUGAAUUG